ACGACCUAAAUUCCAAGCAUUGCACUACCCAGAUCAAAAUUUCACGUGUGGACAAAAACAAAAAUAUUUAGCCAGUUAAUUAACAAAAAAUGCUCACGAAUAAAGUGUUUCUGAAGAAGACAAAGAAGGGAAGCAUUUUGAAGAUUGUUAGGGAACAUUAUUUACGAGAUGACAUUGCCUGUGGGUCAGCAUGUUGUGACAUUUGUGUACAUGACGAAAAGGGUCCAGUUUUGGAAGAUAACCCAGGGAACCCAAGUCAGCAGUUUAGAGAAGAACACUACAUUAUUCCUGACACGAAUGUCGUCCUCCAUCAGAUUGAUGUGCUUGAGGAUACAGCAUUACAGAAUGUCAUCAUUCUUCAGACAGUUGUUGAAGAGGUGAGACACCGUAGUGCACCAGCAUAUAAAAGAUUGAAAGAAGUCUUGGCCAACCCUGGCAAACAUUUUUAUUCAUUUGCAAAUGAAUUCAACAAAGAAACCUACAUAGAGAGGGAACCCGGUGAGAAGUCAAAUGAUAGAAAUGAUCGUGCAAUACGUGAGGCAGCAAUAUGGUAUAGAGAUCAUCUCAGUAAACAGAACUGUAGUGUAAAAAUAGUUCUUAUAACUAACGAUGCUGACAAUCGAGCUAAAGCAAAACAGAGUGGUCUGGUAGCUUUCACAGUUCAUGAGUACAUUAAAGGCCUGAAAGACAAUGGUUCCCUGCUUGACAAGCUAGCACAUGUAGGAACCGGCCUGGUACAUGAGAGAGACAAAGUACAGUUUCCGGAACACUUACCAAUGGUUGAGAUACAGAGGGGUAUCAAGUCUGGGAAAUACUUGCAGGGAAACUUUGUCGCCAGUCGAGAAAACUACCUUGAGGCCAAUAUAAGUCUACAUACUGGAGAUGAAAUGGUGUUUGUUCAAGGUCAUAAGAACCUGAAUCGAGCUGUGAAUGGUGACAUAGUUGCCAUGGAAAUGUUACCUGAGUCUGAAUGGAGUUGUCCAAGCUCUCUAAUUUUGGAGGAGACAGAGGAGAAAAAUGAUGAUGCAGAUAUUGAGGAGGAGGAUGAGAAGAUAAAGAGAAAUAAAGUACCAAAGGAAUUAAGGCAGCCCACUGGACGUGUUGUAGGAAUCAUCAAGAGAAAUUGGAGACAGUAUUGUGGCAUUUUACAGAAGUCGGCUAUACAAGAGGCAACAAGACAUCUGUUUGUGCCAGCAGAGAAACGAAUUCCAAAGAUACGUAUAGAGACUAGGCAAGCCAAGGAUCUGUGUACACAGAGAAUAGUUGUAGCUAUAGAUAGCUGGCCUAGAAAUUCACGCUACCCUCAGGGACAUUUUGUGAAGAAACUUGGCAAUAUUGGAGACAAGGAGACAGAAAAUGAGGUUCUUCUAUUAGAACAUGAUGUGCCACACUCUAACUUCUCCGAGGCAGUGCUUAGUUACCUGCCCAAAAUGCCUUGGGUCAUCACAGAGGAGGAUAUGAAACACAGAACAGAUUUAAGACAUAUAACUAUAUGCAGUGUAGAUCCACCAGGAUGUACGGACAUAGAUGAUGCUUUACAUUGUAGAGAACUGGACAAUGGAAACCUUGAGGUAGGAGUACAUAUUGCAGAUGUAAGUCAUUUCAUAAGACCUGGAAAUGCUUUAGAUAGGGAGGCAGCUAAUCGUGGUACAACAGUUUAUCUUGUAGACAAGAGGAUAGACAUGGUGCCAGAGUUGCUGAGUUCUAAUCUGUGUUCCCUGAGAUGUGAUGUAGACAGAUUUGCAUUUACUGUGAUAUGGGAGAUGACCCAUGACGCUGCAAUCAUCAAGACAACAUUUAUGAAGAGUGUUAUAGAAUCAAGGGCAUCACUGACGUAUGGAGAAGCACAGAUGAUAAUAGAUGAUCCGAGCAGGAAUGAUGAUAUAGCCAAGAGUCUGAGGGGUCUUAAUAAACUUGCUAAAAUACUCAAACAAAACAGAAUUGAUAAAGGUGCCCUUACCCUAGCCUCUCCGGAGAUUCGCUUUAAUAUAGACAGUGAAACACAUGAUCCUAUUGAUGUUCAAGCUAAGCAGUUACUAGAUACAAAUUCCAUGGUAGAAGAGUUUAUGUUAUUGGCAAACAUCUCAACAGCCCAGAAGAUACAUGAGGAGUUCCCUAACUGUGCUGUACUGCGGAGACAUCCGUCCCCGCCUGCAUCCAAUUUUGAUCCUCUAAUAAAGGCAGCACAAUCUAAGGGAUUCAAAAUGAAUGUAUCAAAAGGCAAAGAUUUAGCUGACAGUCUGAAUGCGGCUGUAAUAGAAGACGACAAAUAUUUCAACACCAUGUUACGGAUAAUGACAACAAGAUGUAUGAUGCAGGCAGUGUAUUUUUGUAGUGGAAUGAUACCAGAAUCAGAAUUUCUCCAUUAUGGUCUAGCCAGUGAGAUUUAUACUCACUUCACUUCACCAAUUAGAAGAUACUCGGAUAUACUCGUCCAUCGUCUACUAGCUGUAUGUAUAGGUGCUGACUCGUCCUACCCAGAGCUUCUUGAUAAACACAAGACACAGUCUAUCUGUAAUAAUCUCAAUUAUAGACACAAGAUGGCGCAAUAUGCUGGACGUUCAUCCGUAAAUCUACACACACAUUUAUUCUUCAAGAAGAGAGUCAUUGAUGAGGAGGGAUACAUACUGUUUGUUAGAAAGAAUGCAGUGCAAGUUCUUAUUCCAAAAUAUGGUCUCGAGGCAACUUUAUAUCUUAAUACAGAUGGCCGCAAGAAAGGACCAACAUUUGUGUUCAAUGAAGAAGAGAAUACUCAGUGUUGUGGUCCAGUGACUCUACAUGUGUUUGACCGUGUUAUGAUACAGAUCAGCAUAGACAGGUCAAAUGUGCAGCAUUUAAAACUACAGAUUCAACUUGUGGAGCCUGUGAUUCCAGAAUUUAGUGUACCUCCGACAGUUGAAGAAAAACAUUCUGAAGAGCCCCCAGCAAAGAAGAUAAAAACGUGAACAGGAAAUCAUAUUACAUGAGAUAGAAAAAAAAAACUAGCAGAAAGUUAGGUUUGACACGUAAACCAGUAACCUCAAAAGAAAAUAAGGACAUAAACUGUGCUCGAUAUAUUAUUCCAUGAAAUAAAAUACAUUACAAUAAAUAUUUCUGUACAAAAUCCUGUUUUCCAUAAAGAGGGUUAAACUAGACCUCAUGCCUAUAGCACUUGAAAAAAGGUAUGACAAGAACGUGAAACUUCACGGAAGUUAUGCUAGUUAUAGUAAGAAAUUAAACUGAACAUGAGUCUAGACGUCAGUAAACUUGUUCAGCAGUGAAUUAGUCUGUGCCAAUGGGUUUAUAUAAUUAUUGGAAGAAUAAAAAAUGGUAUAUCAUC